AUGUCACAGCCAGGGUCACGACCACCGACCCCGGAGGAUGCAGGCCCCCAGGACGAACUACCCCCAGGGCCAGACCCACGGUUGGCACCAGCUCGGAGUGCUAUGGCCUUGGGAGGGGCACUGUCUGAUUCUGGGACUGCUGGCCUAGAAAUGCAGCAAAGCACAGGUGGGGACCAGCUGGCCCGCAUGCAGGCACAGAUGCAGAUGCAGAUGCAGGCACAGAUUCAGGUGUUGGCUACUCUCCUGAAAGGUCAACAGCCCACGCCUUCCACUGUCGCCGAUGAGAAUUUGCCAGCCGCUGAUGCUGUGCUACCACCUUCUUUGUCGACCAUCCAGACCUGCCGUGAGGAAGCUACUGGACAGCAGCCACGUCUGCCUCCAUCAGUGCCUGUGGGCCCACAGUCUACUGCAUUUGUGGCCUCGUACCUGACCUCUGCAGUAGACAACCAGCCCGUCAGAGAUGGGAGAGACGUUACCGGACCUCAGCAGAUGGUAACUCCUACACCAGCUGUCGUGUCAGCACCAUCACCGCCCACCUUGUCAGGGACUGAAGCUGCGACCCAGCCCCGGCCUCCAGUGCUGCCUCAGCCAACACAGUAUGGGCCACCUCCGCAAUAUACAGCGCCUGUACUACAGCCCCUGUCUAUCAGCACUCCAACACAUCCUGCAGCAGCUGAUGGCACCCCGGUCUCCUCAUCCCAGUCAUGGCCAGUUCAACCCUGUGAUCGUGCUUGCUCUUGUUCCACACUGACCAGCGGACGUGAUGAGGUCCCUGUCUUUUGUGGGGAGACGCCAGUCUCCCAGGGCAUCCAGUGGAGUCCUGGAUUUCCAGCAUCGAGCUCGCAACCCGGCCUGCCACCUCCGAGGCUUACAUCCGCAUGGCGCGUAGCAAGCAUCCAGGACUGGGUGAGUUUCAAGGCUCGGCUAUGGGACCAGUUUCGGGGUAUAGCAACGGCUCAACACUUUUAUGAUAUGCUGGCCCAAGCAAGGAUGGCAGUAGGCCAGGGGCCUCUGGACUUCUUCCGUGCCGUGGAGCUGGCAGUACAACAGGGCCUGCGAGACUAUCCUCAGGACAUCGGGAAUACUGAGGGUCUAAUGCAGCGCAUUAGGGUUACCUGA